ACAGUUGUUGGGAAAGACUAUUAAAUGCCUAGGCUUUCAACCUUUCCAUAUGUAUAUUUUAUUUUUCAAACAUUGAUGAUGUAUUUGUGUACUCAGGAAUGCUCAACCAUUUACCAACGAUAUUGGACACUAUAACAAGCCUGAAGACGGUGACGCGUACCUGUAGCCUAGAUUAAUGCACAGUGAUGACUUAUUUAUAACUGAUUGAUAUUCGAUAGGUAGCAGACAUCGUUUAUGAUCAACAUCCAAUCGAUAGUGAGUGUUUUAUUCUUCUAUAGGCCUAAUUAUCGCUUCGGUUUGUUAAUAUUGGAAGCGUCGUGCCGCUUCAGAGACAGCUCACUUGGCUAAAGUCAAUCGUCUUGAGGAAACGUGCCUUCACUUGUUGCCGCUAUAAAAACAGACCUUCAUCGCUGUUCUCUCUCAACUGUUCACACGAGAAGCAGCUAGGCUACCUGGCUGUCUCAGUAUGUUCUAGAACAGUCUUCAAGGAUGUUCAAGAUGAGACGGUGGACUUUACUUGUCGUGAUUGCUCUUUGUGCGUCUCCGUUUCUUUUGGCUGGUCCUUCCAGCUCUUCACUUCCAGUCUCAGAGACCCAGAGCCGCUGUGCUGGUCGGGCCUGUAACCCUCCCAUGGGUAACCUCGCCUUGGGCCGAGGUCUACUCACCCAGUCUGUGUGUGGAUCCAACUCCACUGAGCCCUACUGCUCCUACCAGCAGAUGUUUAGUUCUACCCCUUCCUUCCACAGAGACACUUCCUGUCCAGCAACACCCAAAUGCAGCAAGUGCAAUGCAGCUCUCCCCCACCAGGCUCACCUGGCCUCUGCCAUGACCGAUUCCUCAUUCCGAUACCCAGAUACCUGGUGGCAGUCUGCCGAAGGGGUGGAGACAGAAACCCUCCAACUAAACCUGGAGACAGAGUUCUACUUGACGCAUCUGAUCCUGGUGUUCCGCUCCCCCCGGCCCGCCGCCAUGUUGCUGGAGCGUUCUCAGGACCACGGGAGGACCUGGAAGACCCUCAGGUACUUUGCGAGGGACUGUGAGGACACCUUCGGCCUGGCAGAGGAGGCUCGUGUGAAGGAGGAAGGAGAGAGCGGGGCGACCUGCACCUCCAAAUACUCAGGAGCGUUCCCAUGUACCCGAGGAGAGGUGAUCUAUCGCGCCCUGUCCCCCUGGCACUCACUGGACCCCUACGGCCCAGCAGCCCAGACUCAGUUGAUGGUCACCAACCUGCGGGUGCGUCUGCUGCAGCGCCAGCCUUGCCCCUGCCAGGCUAAAGACCCAGAUACCCAGGCACUGCCCACAAACCAUUAUGCCAUCUAUGACUUCAUCGUCAAGGGCAGCUGCCUCUGCAACGGGCACGCCGAGCACUGUGUGCCUGCCAAUGGGUACCGCCCCGCCAGGCAGAGGAGCAAUCACGUGGUCCAUGGGAAAUGUGUGUGUAGACACAACACUGCUGGUGACCACUGUGAGCACUGUGUUCCCCUCUACAAUGACCAGCCCUGGCAAGCUGCCAACGGCAUCAUAGGAGCACCUCAUGAAUGCAAGAAGUGCAAGUGUAACGGCCAUGCAGAUAGCUGUCACUUUGACCGUGGUGUGUGGCUGGCAUCGGGACGGCGUAGUGGGAGUGUGUGUGACGCCUGCCGCCACAACACAGAGGGCAGACACUGCCAGAGCUGCCGUCGAGGGUUCUACAGACACCCCAGCAGACCUAACUCUGCCGCUGACUCCUGCACACCAUGCGCCUGCCACCCUGUAGGGUCUAGACCCGCGAUCUCAGGUGGCCAGGACCUCUGUAACCCUAGCAACGGGGCAUGCACCUGCAGAUCGGGCGUGGGCGGUCCUCUCUGUGACAGAUGCAUUGUAGGGUUCUGGGGCUUCCAUGGUUACGGGUGCAGACCGUGUGACUGUACAGGGGGGGACUGUGACCCCUACACUGGGGACUGCUUGUCUGGAUCAGAUCUGGACGUGUACUAUACAGGAGGUGACAGACACAUACACAGAGAACCUAGCAGUAGUGAGCUAGCAACACCGUUUAGGGUGGAGGAGCUGUUCUCUGCACUGCACCACUCUGAGAAAUGUCAAUGUAAGGUGAUGACUAUAGGCAGCCCCAAACUCUUCUGUGCCAAUGAGUAUGACUACGUGCUUAUGGUGAGGAUCAUGGCGGCCCGUGAUCAGGGCUCCCAUGCUGAGGUGGAGGUCAAGGUAAAGAAGGUCCUGUACCACGGCAGCCAGGUGAACAUCAAGAAAGGUCACAUCACCCUCUACCCAGAAUCCUGGACCACCCGAGGGUGCACCUGCCCCCUCCUUAACCCAGGAUCAGAGUAUCUGGUGGGGGGCCACGAGGACCGGCGGACGGGUCGUCUGCUGGUGAACACCAAGAGCCUGGUCAAACCCUGGAGGCCCAGCCUGGGACGCAAGCUCCUGCACCUCCUCAACAAACACUGUAGCUCCUCCUCCUCCUCUUCCUCUUCAAGGAAGACUGCAGCAGAGAGACUGCAGAAUGCAAACGUCUUUAGUCUGCAGAAGAAAGACUAGAGCCAUGGAACAAGAUGAAGAGAGGGAUGGAGAGAGGGGUGGAGAGUUAAAAGUUAUCCAUGUUUUGGUGGAUUGCAUGAGAAGGACGAUGAGCCGAAUAUAAAGACGUGUGAGAGUGUAUUUUUGGACGAAUGUGGGCUGGACAUGGGGAUACAGCCACAGAUCGGGCAAUAUGGGGAAAGCAGAACUCUUUUGCCAUUCAGGGCCUCAUUUGCCUGUUUCAUCCAGAGACCCACGGAACACAUUUCUGAAACGAUGACCUCCACGGCAGGACGGAUAGUGUUCUGUGCUGAAUGGCACUGUGUGGCUCAGUUGGAAAGAGCAUGGCUCUGGCAACACUGAGGUUGUGGGUUCAAUUCCUGCAGGGAUCCUAAACAAAAAUGUAUGCACUCACUGUAUUGCAAGUCACUUUGGUUAAACGUGUGAGUCUGCUUAGUGGUAUAUAUUGGAUUAUAUAAUAUGAUGACAGGCAGCUGCACAGAGACAGAGUACAGACUGUCAUCUCCUUUUUUAUAGGAAGAGGAAAAUAAGUUUCCAAAGGGAAGACCAGAUAUCCUGAGUGAAGGUUUACUGUAUGAGGAAGAUUUAUUGAUUGAUCUGACUUCUCAUUCUGAUCCUGAAUGUUCCAGUCCCAAAGACAUACUACUGGGCUGGUUUUUAAAUCCACUUUAGAUUUGUCUCAGACUAUAGUUGAAACAAAGCCAAAUAUAGAACCAAAAGGAUAUUAUUAAUGAAUGUUUUAUCAUACUGUCUAUCAAAUGACCGAGAUCUUAAUGUUCUAUGAUUAGCGUUCUGAUCUAGCCAAGGUUUUAUUUUGGAGUCCUGACGUUUGUAUCCUCAGUUCCUGGAGUCAUUGGCAGUAAACCUGCAAAAGCAUCAUCAUUUUUAUCUGUGUGUGUGUGUGUGUGUGUGUGUGUGUGUGUGUGUGUGUGUGUGUGUGUGUGUGUGUGUGUGUGUGUGUGUGUGUGUGUGUCCACAAACUUACUGUCCUUGGCUCGAAGGGACUGAGCAGGCCUUAACAGGUAGUUUCUCCUGGAACGGCAGAAGAGUAGAGAGAGAACAGAAAAGAGCAUGUCUGUCUGGAUCCCUCUGGGACUAAAGCACUGAAGACGCUCUCAGUUAGAAUUUAACUGACUUCACGUAUUCCCUCACUCUCAGUCUGAUUUCAAUGGCUCUUUGUCAGGUUAGUUAUGUCAAAACAUGUCACAAUGAGGUCUACUUACUCACAUGGUUUGGUGUCUUCACUUCUAUUGCACUCAGGGAUAUAGUGGUAAAAAAAACUAAAAUAGGUAGGUAAACUCUGAACACCUUAUACAGAUGGGUAAAUACACCUCUAUUUAUUGGGUGUGAGUGUGAUUUAAUCACAUGGUUCACUGCAGCACAAGGAAUGAAUCAUGUGGCAAGGAGAUGUCUCUGUACUCAGAUUUAGAAUGGUGAACUGAGUUUACUUUCAUUUAUUUAACUGGGCAAGUCAGUUAGGAACAAAUUCUUAUUUACAAUGACAGCCUACCCCAGACAACACUGUGCCAAUUGUGCACCACCCUAUGGUACUGGAUUUGAACCAGGGACUGUAGUGACACCUCUUGCACUGUGCUUUAGACCACUGCACCGCUCAGGAACAUGACUUUAUCCUUCACUGCAGCGCCGAUUCCACUCUAUAUCAGGUUGUUGUUGUUAGGGAAGACAGAAAAUAACCCCAUGUGUGUUUCUCUCAUUAGUAAACAAACCCAACAUUCCAUGAAUCCCAAAAUAAACAUGAGCUACUUAGCUAAGAAAGGAAGGGAUGAAUUGACGUCACUGUGUCAGAUCUGGAGAGGCUCAGUACAUAUUUGACCCAGACCUAGCUUGCUUCCCAAAUGGAACCCUAUUCCCUACAUAGUGCACUACUUUUGACCAGAGCCCUAUUCCCUACAUAGUGCACUACUUUUGAACAGAGCCCUGGUUAAGAAUAGGUCUGUGUUGCUGUCUCAAAGGCUGCGUUUACACAGGCAGACCAAUUCUAAUAUUGUUUUUCAGAUUUGAUCUGAUUAAGGUCAGCAUAUUGGGCUGCCUGUGUAAACACUGCCUAAGGAGUAGCUAGGUCAGUAGCUGCUGGCCUGGCUGAAGAGACAUGAUGCAUUCCUGCACUGUGGCAUCAUCCGACUGCUUCGCCCUUUGUCCCAAAGACUUUAUUAAAGGAAUUUGCAAGUGGUGGAUGGAGCAGAGGUAUGAGAUCAUGAAUGAAAAGGGACAUGUAACAUAUUAUCAUAAUCAUAUCAGCUGUAUGUCCUACUUAGCUACAUACUGUAAGUAUUAGUUGUUAUAAAAAAAAAAUACAUAUUUUUUUAUUUAACUAGGCAAGUCAUUUAAGAACAUAUUCUUAUUUUACAAUGACAGCCUAGGAACAGUGGGUUAACUACCUUGUUCAGGGGCAGAACAACAGAUUUUUACCUUGUCAGCUCAGGGAUUCGAACCUUGCGGUUACUGGCCCAACGCUCUAAUCACUAGGCUACCUGAUUUGUUUACAUCUUACAUUUUCCUUAGAUUUACAUAAAUGAGCUACAAUUUGCAUUUGAUGGCAAAUGCACAGAUAUCAUGUGGAAUCCAUGAACUCCACCUUUUAAAGGGACGUCUGUCUGUCUAUAUGUGAUACCUGACAUGCAUGUAUGCAUUACGGCUAAUAAAUAAGUCAAUGGUU